AUGGAUUUUCCGAAUAAGGUGUUCCGUAGAACCAAGUCCACUUUCAUGACACGCAUUCCAGAAUCCAAUGACACUAUCUCUCUCUCCUCUCCACCUCUUCUUUCCUCUUCUUCUAACCUCUUCUUUCAUAAUAAUUAUUCAUUUAUUUUCCUCUCGAUUCUUGCAUCCUCCCCAUUAUUUCCCUUAAUUUUCUCUAUCCCCCUCUCUUGCAUCCCCAAAACUAUCUGCUCCAUAAUUGACACUUCUCCCUUCUUGAUCAGUGAGCUUAAAGCAGCAACCAAACAACUCAAAGGUUCCAAAAGAUUUGGUCCAGACAACACCCCAGCACUUAUCUGGAAAAAUGAGCAUUUUCAACAGCUCCUACUCAACCGUCCCUCCUCUCUUUUCAUUCCUCGCUUUCUCUCCUCUCUUUCCCCUUUCCUCUAUCUCCCCCUCUUUUCAUCCCUGUUCCCUCGCCUUCUCACUUUCAUUUCAUCCCUCUUUCCUCCCACUUUUCGUCUCUCUUUCCUCCCACUUUUCAUCCCUGUUCCCUCCUCUUCUCACCCCUGUUCUCUCCCUUUUCCUCCCCUUCUCACCCCUGUUCUCUCCCUUUUUCACCCCCUUUUCAUCCCUCUCCUUCUCACCCUUUUCAUCCAUCUUCCUCCCCUUCUCAUUCCUGUUCCCUCCCUUUCACACCCCCUUUUCAUCCCCCUUCCCUUUUCAUCAUUUCGGACCAUGAUUCGGCAAAAUUGUUGCAGAGAACAUUUACGAAUUUGGGGUUCUUUUACAAAGUCUAAUUGUUAUUCCUUUUUUUCCUCUUUGUGUUUCCUUUUGUUCACUUUUAUUUUUCUCUUGCUUUAUCUUCUCUUUUUCUUUCUCUUUUUUCUCCUCCUUUCUCCUUCUCAUCGUUUCCCCUCCUUUCUCUUUCUUCUUCUUUUCUCCACCCCUUUCUCUCUCAUUUCUCUCGUUUUCCCUUCCCCCUUUCUCUUACAUACUCUCGGUUUCCCACGUUUGCUUUCGUUUCACACCCUUCUCUUCCCAUUUCUCUCGUUUUCCCACCCGCUUUCUUUUUCAUUUUCUUUUUUUUCUACUCCACCGCUUUCUGUUCUACUGAUGCCAAAUCUUUUUUUUGUCUCUUUUUUUUCUCCAUCUCUUUACCGCCCCCCACCCAAUCCCUGUCCCGUCUCUUUCCCCCACACCCACACGCUGUCCCAUCUCUUUUUCCCCCACACGCUGUCCCGUCUCUCUUUUCCUCCACCUCUUUCUCGCCUCUCUUUUUUGCACCAACGCCUUUCUCGCCUCUCUUUUUUGCACCAACGCCUUUCUCGCCUCUCUUUUUUGCACCAACGCCUUUCUCGCCUCUCUUUUUUGCACCAACGCCUUUCUCGCCUCUCUUUUUUGCACCAACGCCUUUCUCGCCUCUCUUUUUUUGCACCAACGCCUUUCUCGCCUCUCUUUUGCACCAACGCCUUUCUCGCCUCUCUUUUUUGCCCAACGCCUUUCUCGCCUCUCUUCCCUCUCGCCUCUUCUCGCCUCUCUUUUUUUGCCCUCGCCUCUUUUUUUUGCACCAACGCCUUUCUCGCCUCUCUUUUUUGCUCCAACGCCUUUCUCGCCUCUCUUUUUGCACCAACGCCUUUCUCGCCUCUUUUUUUUGUCUCUCUCGCCUCUCACUUUCUCGCCUCUUUUUGCUUUCUCGCCUCCAACGCCUUUCUCGCCUCUCUUUUUUUGCCUCCACCUUUCUCGCCUCUCUCUUUUUGCACCAACGCCUUUCUCGCCUCUUUUUUGCACCAACGCCUUCCGCCUCUUUUUGCCCAACGCCUUUCUCGCCUCUCUUUUUUGCACCAACGCCUUUCUCGCCUCUCUUUUUGCACCAACGCCUUUCUCGCCUUUUUUUUUUGCACCUUUCUCGCCUCUCUUUUUUGUCUCCUUUUCUCUCUUUUUGCACCAACGCCUUUCUCCCUCUCUUUUUUGUUCAACGCCUUUCUCGCCUCUCUUUUGCACCAACGCCUUUCUCGCCUUGUCUCUUUUUUUUUUCUCCAACGCCUUUCUCGCCUCUCUUUUUGCACCAACGCCUUUCUCGCCUCUUUUUUGCACCCCCUCGCCUCUCUUUUUGCCAACGCCUUUCUCGCCUCUCUUUUUUUUGCCAACGCCUUUCUCGCCUCUCUUUUUUGCACCAACCCUUUCUCGCUUUUUUUUGCACCAACGCCUUUCUCGCCUCUCUUUUUUUUUUUUCUCGCCUCUCUUUUUUGCCUCUUUCUCGCCUCUCUUUUUGCCAACGCCUUUCUCGCCUCUCUUUUUUUGCACGCCUCUCUCGCCUCUUUUUUUGCACCAACGCCUUCUCGCCUCUUUUUUUUCUCCCCUCUUUUGCGCCGCCUUUCUCGCCUCUCUUUUUGCACCAACGCCUUUCUCGCCUCUCUUUUUUGCAAACGCCUUUCUCGCCUCUCUUUUUGCCAACGCCUUUCUCGCCUCUCUUUUUUUUCCAACGCCUUUCUCGCCUCUCUUUUUUUGCCAACGCCUUUCUCGCCUCUCUUUUUUGCACCAACGCCUUUCUCUCCUCUCUUUUUUUGCACCAACGCCUUUCUCGCCUUUUUUGCACCAACGCCUUUCUCGCCUCUCUUUUUUGCACCAACGCCUUUCUCGCCUCUCUUUUUUGCACCAACGCCUUUCUCGCCUCUCUUUUUUGCACCAACGCCUCUCUCGCCUCUCUUUUUUGCACCAACGCCUCUCUCGCCUCUCUUUUUUUUGCACCAACGCCUUUCUCGCCUCUUUUUUUGCACCAACGCCUUUCUCGCCUCUCUUUUUUGCACAACGCCUUUCUCGCCUCUCUUUUUUGCACCAACGCCUUUCUCGCCUCUCUUUUUGCACCAACGCCUUUCUCGCCUCUCUUUUUUUGCACCAACGCCUUUCUCGCCUCUCUUUUUUGCAACCAACGCCUUUCUCGCCUCUUUUUUUUGCCAACGCCUUUCUCGCCUCUCUUUUUGCACCCUUUCGCCUUUCUCGCCUCUCUUUUUGCACCAACGCCUUUCUCGCCUCUUUUUUUUGCACCAACGCCUUUCUCGCCUCUCUUUUUUUUACCAACGCCUUUCUCGCCUCUUUUUUGCACCAACGCCUUUCUCGCCUCUCUUUUUUUGCCCAACGCCUUUCUCGCCUCUCUUUUUUGCACAACGCCUUUCUCGCCUCUCUUUUUUGCACCAACGCCUUUCUCGCCUCUCUUUUUGCACCAACGCCUUUCUCGCCUCUUUUUUGCACCAACGCCUUUCUCGCCUCUCUUUUUUGCACCAACGCCUUUCUCGCCUCUCUUUUUGCACCAACGCCUUUCUCGCCUCUCUUUUGCACCAACGCCUUUCUCGCCUCUCUUUUUGCACCAACGCCUUUCUCGCCUCUCUUUUUUGCACCAACGCCUUUCUCGCCUUUUUUGCAAACUUUCUCGCCUCUCUUUUUGCACCAACGCCUUUCGCCUCUCUUUUUUGCACCAACGCCUUUCUCGCCUCUCUUUUUUGCACCAACGCCUUUCUCGCUUCUUUCCUUUCCCAGCCUUGUCAUCGCUCUUUCCCUCCUUUUUCUCCAACCCUUUUCUCGUCUCUCUUCCCCACUUUCUCGUCUCUCUUCCUCUUUUCUCCUUUCUUUUUUCCCUACCUCUUUCCCGCCUUCUUUUUUCUCUCCACUCCUUUCCCGUCUUUCUUCUUCCCCUUCUGUCAUUUCUCGUUUUUUUUUCUCCUACCGCUUUCUCGUCUCUUUUUCAUUUCCACAUCUGGUGAUCUGAAGCAUUUCCAUGAAGGCCGUGAACCAUUCGAUGCUAAACAUGGUUAUGACUGCAACCUGUUCACAUCAGAAACCCGUCCCAAAUGUGUCAGAGACCUUUACCUAAGUGCAGAGGUGUCACCAUCCGUGGGUCUCAGUAGUCUUGAUGGGAUAAGGAAGGAUGGCUGGAGUGGGUCAACUAUGUUCAAGUUGUGGCCUGUUGUUAUCAAGGACAUCAAUAUUUCAACCCCUGAUUUCAACAUGUCCAGAAAGCAUCCACCACUUCAAUUUAACAAGAGUUACAAGACCUUGAAAGAGCCACACCGUUCUCAGACUGUCCACUCAUUUGACCAGCUCAACUUCGAUGUUGAUGAAGAAGAGUCAGCAUCCUACAGUGAGGACCAGCAGCGCUUAUCACAGUCCCAACCUUCGAUUUUAGUCUCCAUAGAUACUUCUGGAGCAGGUUUUGAAAGGAUGUGCUUAUUCCGACGUUCCCUGCGUGAGCUUGAAAGCGGUACUUUAUCUUCUCGCUGCACCAGGAGGCGUUCAAUAUCUGGAUUACCGGAAAGUAUCUUGCAAGAAAUCAGAGAAUUUGAAAGUCGAAAGAGAAGCUCUGAUAAGCACCGGCCUCGGAGGAAUCCUCGGACAUAUAGCUUUAACGAUCUUGGUCCGCAGGAGGGCAGGGAUGAAACGUUUGCCAAAUAUUUUGAUGAGAUCGAUGGGAAGAUGGAGGAGAAAACUGAAUGGGAGAACUUCGCAAAGCAGUCCUUCUUUUCAAAGUUUAUUUCCUGCAACAGGUCACGUUCUCUGCCGAGGUGCAUGAAAUCAAAAUAUCAAAAGAUCGAACGGGGUUCCAAGCUCAAUGAACGUAGAUCCAUUCAUAUUGAUACUUCGGAACACUUCAGCCUUGACGAUGAGCUGUCUGUAAAUUCGGGCAGCAUCCGACGGUACCAGAAACGGUCAAGUAUAAUCAAUGACAAGAUCAAGAAUUUUAUUGGCGUCAGCCACCGACACCACCAAAGGCAGUCGCUAAAUCUUGACCUUUUCAAAACACCUCUGACAAGCCAUGAAAGUUUUGACGAAAGACACCUGAGUAUGGCCAAGACACUAAGCAUGCCCGAGGGUAUUGCUAAAACUCCACCACUGAAAACUCCUGAGAAAAAUGAGGAAUCCAAAAACUGUCAGUAUUACAACUUUUCCAACAACACAUUGCCCCGUGCUCAAGCCAAGAAAUACAAUUUCCCCUGGGAGAGUCUCCCAAAGGAUUGGACUACAUCUGUACGCUUACGAGAAAUCUCAAAACGUCGAAAAGAAGAAAGACAAUCAUCAUCUGGUAACUGGAGUGGCAGUACAAGUGCCCGUCAGUCACUGGAAUCCAACCAGACCAGCUGCACCACACCCACAAAUGAAAUGGGAGGGGUUGUGUCUUCUGCUUCCUUCCACUCCCUUGGGCAGGACUCUGGGCGAGAUUCAGCUACCGAAACAGAUGAUAGGCAAACAAGCGACACCACAGAAGGCGGAGGAGAUGAAACAAGCACCCUCACAGGAGACCCCAGUGACAAAGAUUCUCUUCCAUCAAAUUUCACUCGACUUGAUACAGCCACUUGGCUAAAAAGUUUGGCAAUCCGAGCAUGUAGCCAAGAUGACACAUCAUCAAGCAGUAUCGAUUCAUUGACUCGUCUAACAAAGCCAGAUUUUCUGUCCUUUGACCUGCUGUCUUCAUCAACAGCCAUGAAGACAUCGGGGCUGCUUGAUGAUGAGGUUUCCUCUGUCUACUCCCUUGACCAAGAUGGCUUCUAUACAUCUUUCCACAGUGACAGUGGGCUGAAACGCAGUAGCAUGAUCGUUGGGCAAGAUAUUGAAGAAGUGUCCCCUGAAUCCCUCAGUCAGUUUAGUAUAGGAAGCAGUGUCACGGUUGACAGUGUUUUGUAUAUUCCUGGCAGUAAAUGUGUCAAGGUCUCAUCUACAGAUUCUGAAAGAGAUCAAACAACACCAACGCGUGAAAUGUCUGAAUUUUCUCAGAGAAGUCUUUCCGAAAGUCCUACAGGAAGCGAAGGUAGUGAUUCAACUCUAACCAAUGUUUCUAAGCGAAACUCCAUGGCUAGUGCCACGACGGAAUCCUCAUAUUCGGAAACUGAUCAUGAGGUUAUUUACAAACGGUUAAGGAAUAAAACACUUAUUUCCCCAACAACAUUUCCUUCGUGGUGCACUGUCUCUUCUUCAGGAAGUGAUGAAGAUAUAAACCAGCAGAGGUUGCAGGCAGAGUACAAAGAACAACUGGAGCUCAAUCGAACCUUGAAAUCGGCCAAUAUCGUUUACAAGGAACCUUCCAAUUUGUACUCUGAGAGUUCCACCCUUGAGAAAUCUGCUUUCAGUGGAAAAGCAAUGAAUCAUGGAAACACCCAGAUCGAUAAAGCAAAAGCAGAGGAGGAAGAAGAAGGUAACACUCUGCCACGUAGCUACCUUGCUUCAAAGAAAUGGAAUGAUGAAGAGACAGAACAAACAGGUUCUUGGCCUCGUACGUAUUCCAGCUGGAAAGAGAACAAAACUCAAGGGAUUUUGAAAUCCUCUUUUCGGAAAGAAUCGGACUCUGGCACUAAAAUGCCUAAAUCCUUAAAUUUUGCCCCAUAUGUAAACAUGGUUGAGCCGGAUAAAGCCUUGACCCAGCAAUGUUUAUUAUCUGAUUUGUGUCUUACAGGAGUAAGUUACUGUUCCUUGCCAGAGUCGAAUUCUUUCUCACCUGCGACUACCACUGCUACAAAUAGCAAUUUGAAAAAAAUUCCUAAAAACUCUAUGCCAUUAGCUACAGAAGAUUCUGAUCAUGGAGGUGACGUUUCUUCCAAGUCAUCCAUCACGGUUCUGCCAAAAAUCAGCUCACAUGCAGUAGACAUACCGAAGAUUGACAUGUUGAAACCUAAUGCCAUCAGUACUCCUCCUUACAUCAGUCUUGCGCAGAAUAACGAAGACCAAAAAAGUUCAGUUUCAUUGGGAAAUGCAAUUCUUGUGAAACGCCCUGAACCAUUAUCAGCUAAAGACUAUCUACCAACAAACUGCAAAAGCAAUGACAAUUCUAACGUUCUUAAUUUAAGAUCCCCAAAACAAGUUCCAGGGAAGUAUACAUCUACAUUCACAGCUAACCCAAUUCCAUCAAUGUCUUCAGUAGGUACUUCCAUUUCUACACCCUAUGCCAUUUCUCAAGUGUCCAAAAAUUACGAUGGAGUAAAACAAGAAAAAAGUUCUUCGAGAAGUUUCAAAAUUAGCAAGCCCAUUGUCCAAAAAUCUUCUGAUGCAGAGACAGUUGUCAUCAACACGUCUCAGGUACACUCAGACUUGACACUGCCAGGCAAUUCUUGUGUAGUUCCUGCUGCCAAAAAACGGAUUAGCACUUUUCUUACUCAGCUAACUCCUACCUCCAGUCCAGAAUCCACCACAGAGCGACCCUCAGACAAGGGAUCCAUUGCAUCAUCAAUCUCUGACGGGGAAUCAGCUAAGAAUAGCCCCAAAUCUUCAACAUCUUCUGCAAGUUACGAUCGACUGGAUUUUGCCAUAACCACCGAUAUGAAAUCCAACACGAAAAACAGAAACCAGUCUUAUCGUGUUGCCAUGACGGAGAAAGCAAAUGAGGAGCCCAAACGCCUUGAUUCUUACAGAAAAGCAAUCACAUUAUCCAAUAAGAUAGUUGAAGAUUUGCCAAACCGGAGUGAUUCCUACCGGGUUGCAAUGGAAGGCUGCUUGAAUAACUGCAACAGUUUAGAUGAUUCCACAAAUCGAUCAGAUUCCUACAGAGUAGCCAUCAAAAAGAACGGCUCUGAAGAAUCAAUUGAGCAAUUCUGCCCAGUGAUGGGCCCACCGCUUACUAAAGACCCUCGUCGUAUGGGAAUCACAGAUAUUGAACAAUUGACUGGAUCCAGUGAAGACCUUUUCAAGAAUUUUAAUGAGAAGUCUUCUAAAUCAACCAGUCUUUUCAGCAAAAUGUUUGGGAACAGCAAAAGUGAUUCUCUGUCAAUAAGCAAGUCUGCACUGAAGAAAAGUAAGAACCAGUCACAUUCAGACAAAAUCGGUCUAACAACAGAUAAGAAAAUCCGGCGCCAAUCUAAUGGUAAAUUGGAAACAGGCCUGCAGGAAUUCAAGAAGCUGGUAGCCCAACACUCGACUCCUGUAUCUCCAAAAAUCUCAGCUGUCGAGGCUCUCAAAAAGAAGUCUUCCCAACCAUUUUCUAAAGAAUCAUCUUCGGAGAGUGGAAGCAAAAAGAUCUUUGGAAGCCUUUUCCAAAGACCAUCAUCAUGGGGCGGAACUGACAAAGUUAACCCUAAAAUGUCAACUUAUGUCAGUUUUGAUACAAUAUUUGAAGACAAGGAGAGUAUUUCUAAUGCCUCGUCUAUCGAAUCCCUUCGUUCCCCAUCAUUGAAUUCCAUUAAAAAGAUUGUAAUUUCCUUCUUUUUUUUUUCUUUUGUAAAAACUUGCCUAUUUUGUUUUUCUUUUUUGAUUUUCUUUCUCUUAUGUGAAAAAAAGCUCACUGCUUUGCUGCCACAUUCUUUCCCAUUUUCGGGAAGAAUUGCUGCUGUUGAUUCAUUACCCUAA